CGAUAUCCCCAAAGAAACAUAUGAUUUGAUGUAAUCAUUUUGCCGGUUUCAACAGAGUUUGUAAAUAUAAAAUGUUAAAAGUACGCAGCAUAUCCCUGCUGCCCAGGCGGUGGAAGAGCGGAUCCAAAACGCGUUGGAAUGUUUUGCAAAACAAGAAGAACAACUGUGACCGGGCGCUAGAUAACUUUGAUGACUUCUAUGGAAGUGUUUAUGGCAGCCGAUGGAAGAACAUGCGGGCGGCUCUUCUCACAAGGCACAAGUACAUCGCCAUGGUCAACAAUUUUGGGGACACGGAGCAGACAUGUAGCAUGCUGGAGACAGAUGGAGCUAUCAACAUGAAGUCCUUAAUUAACCUGGCACAGGAUCGUCAAAGAGACAGCACGGAACCGAUGCCGGAGCAAGGAAAAUCCCGUCACGAAAUCGAAGGUAAAUUGGAUGAACUUCUACGAAAACAGCAGGAACGGGAAGUGGCGGCCAUUUACCCAAGUUCAGGAGAGGAUGGUUCAUCUGCACCACUGCCGCUGGAACUAAAGUUUGAUAACAUACAGGAAAAGCAGCCGGAGGAGUUCAAUAAUCCAUUCAAACAGAGCUUAACAAAGGCUUUGGAGGAGGAUGUUAAACUGGACGAGCACCGUUUGGUAGAUCCUCAGUUCGGCACUGGUGGUCUCUAUGAAUACAUGCCAGCCCAUAGCAUCAAAGGCAUGGAAGAUUGGGUGGCUGAAUCGGAGCAUUACAAGUACUACCAAACCAGCGCCGAUUUUCCACUCACAAUUGAACCGGAGGUUUCGUUUUAUUACCCUGAGCACCUCUCCCUGUACACCUAUGAAAUGGGAAACUGUUCUGACUUUAAGGGACCCAAGAAGUGCCUGACCGGCGUCCUCUCCCACUUCAUGAUGGAUGGGGCUUCGACUUUGCCACCACUUUUCCUGCAGGUUAAGCCUGGCGAGCGAGUGCUCGAUGCCUGUGCCUCUCCUGGCGGAAAAUCCCUGUUAAUGUUGCAAACACUUCACCUGGAUCAACUAGUCUGCAAUGACAUUCAAGAAUCCCGCCUGAACAAGCUACGUAAAGUGAUGCAGGAAUACCUCUUCGACUACAAGGACCGAUGGGCGGGUAAGCGUCUUAUUUUCAGUCAGAGCGAUGCCCGUAACCUGGACCAGUAUGAGCAGUUUGACAAGAUUCUGGUGGACGUGCCCUGCACCACGGAUCGACACGUGGUCAACGAACAGGACAACAAUAUAUUCAAACCGACGCGCAUCAAGGAACGAUUGAGGAUUCCAGAGCUCCAGGCAGGCAUCCUAGCUAACUGCCUCCGUCUAUUGCGACCAGGUGGUAGCUUAGUUUACUCCACCUGCUCGCUGUCGCCCAUUCAGAACGAUGGUGUAGUCCACAUGGCACUGCAGAAGGUAUUCACAGAGUACGGCAUAACGGCUACUAUCAAGGAUCUAAGUCAGCAUACAGCCCUCUUUAGCGAUGUCUUUAAAUUUGAGCACCCAAAGGGUCUUAAGUAUGGACAGAUGGUAGUACCCUAUCUUCCGGCUAACUUUGGACCCAUGUAUUUCAGUAAAAUAACAAGAAAUAUGUGAAUAAUGGAAUUAGAAAAGUUAAAUAGGAAUAAACUAAGGGACAGACUUUUUAAAAGUUAUGUUCUUUAUGCUACAUUUUGCUUUAAAGUGGGCAUAUAACCAACAUGAAACUACAUUUUCUAAGAAUAAAUGAAACUGCUUUAAAAUAAAAA